CCCAAGUUGAAGAAGUAUUUUAUUUUUCCCUCUAAGAUUCCACAACAAAGAGGGCACACACACCCAAAACAAGCAGAUCCAGAUCCACCAGCUUCAUUCUCAAGAUCUCGAUCUCACUUCCACUGAUCUUUCGACCUCAGUUAUUACUACUCGUCCCAAUGUCAAGAAGGCCAACUACAGCUCGCCGUCUUGCAGAUACUGGGGGCAUUCCAUUUGUUGGCUCCUUUCACCCCAAAUCACGUCCAUCUCCUUUAUUGUCCUUAGGACUUGUUGUGGGUGCAUUGCUGAUCAUUGGUUAUGUAUAUCAUGGUUCAGGUGGAAGAAGUCCAGCAGAUGCUUUUAGUAAACUUGAAGGUGGUAUGUCAUGCACGGCUGAGCUUCACAGAGCAUUACCUGGACUGAAGAAAGCAUAUGGGGAUAACAUGCAGAAAGUGUUGCAUGUAGGCCCUGACACUUGUUCAGUGGUCUCUAAACUAUUAAAAGAAGAGGAUACCGAAGCUUGGGGCAUUGAACCGUAUGAUUUAGAUGAAACUGAUAGCAACUGCAAGCAUCUUGUUCAUAACGGGAUUGUGCGAGUAGCCGAUAUUAAAUUUCCUCUUCCCUACCGUUCAAAGUCGUUCUCUCUUGUCAUAGUGUCUGAUGCAGUGGAUUACUUGUCUCCAAGAUACCUUAACAAGACUCUUCCAGAAUUGGCAAGGGUGGCUUCUGACGGUUUAGUUAUUUUAUCUGGCUAUCCUGGUCAACAAAGGGUUAAAGUGGCGGAGCUGUCAAAAUUUGGUCGGCCGGCCAAAUUGCGGAGCUCAUCCUGGUGGAUUAGAUUUUUUAUUCAGACCAGCUUAGAAGAGAAUGAAGCUGCAACUAAGAAAUUUGAACAAGCAGCAGCCAAGAGGUCUUAUAAGCCAGCAUGCCAAGUUUUCCACCUCAAACCACUUCUUCGUUGAUAGUAUAAGACCUCUCUUAAAAAGAUGCGAAGCGUCUUCAGCUGUAUUAAGUGACAUGCUCCAAGUUUGAAAAAGUUGACAAAUUCUUUGGGAGGAAGUUGUUUCUGUAAGAUAGGAUUCAUGAAUAUGUAUAAUAGGCUAGGAGCUUGCUGUCAAUUAGUAUUGCUUCUUGUAGCUGCAAACGUAGUUGUGGUUUAGCAUUUCUAAGCCAGAAUUAUUGUUUGAGAAAGAUUACUGUAUAAGCUAAAUCAAAAAGUAAUUUAUGAUUCUUUUGUCAUUUUGUGUA